AUGAUUGAAGUAAUGACUAAUGAGCUACACUCAUUUUCUUCGAAAUAUGAGAUAGUACAGGAGGAGCUGGGUAAGUUUAGGAAGCAAACUAUAUUAUACACCCAGGACCCGAGCUGGGAUUUACCCAAGACAAAUCCGCAAGCGAAACCAGGCUCGAAUUCAAAAACAAGUGGAAGCUGCGAGCCAUUAAAAAGAGAAGGGCAUCCGAAUCAAACCUGGAUCGGGAGAGAUGGGUUUGGCUCUGGAAGCUUCUACCCAAAUCGAGAUAUUGAAGAGCUAACGAGGUUAUCGAAGACGCCACAGGGUCAGGGGUUCGUCUCCAAAUUUCUUCUCCGAGAAUAA